AAAUGCUCAGAGCAUAUAACGGGUUGUUAAAUGAAAGGGGUAUGGAUCCGUACCUCUAGAAUCAGAUUCUAGAGGUACGGAUCCGUACCCCUAGACACUUUCUUGUUAAAUAAACCGAACGAUACACACACAGCCCCUGGCAAUACAAUACAAUAAGUUUUAUUUUGAGUCGACAAGAAGGCAACAUUACAAAACAUAAGCUCUGAAGAGCUUUUGAACCGACUAUACAACAAAUUAAAACAAGUUUAACAGAGUUAUAAAAGAGCUACAAAAGAGAAAUUAUUAAGCACACAAAUUUAAAUAGAACUAGUUGAGCAUGUGUAAUAAUACAAGUGUUAAAAUCUGUGUUGAAGCUGCUGAUCUAGACAUUGCUGUCUAAAAACUGCCAUAAGAGAGGAAAAUAAGAUCUGCAAUACAAAAAACAACACAAAAGUGUAUGCUUAAGAAAUGGUGAUUAAAACUGUAUCCCCCACAAAUCAGAUUUGGAAAGAACUGAUCAGCAACUUCCUCACAGUAGCAAAUGCCAAACAACAUGAAAGAAAGCAUGUCAUAUAUACAGACAGUGUGUAAUACAAAAAUAAGCACAGAAGCAUACAAGCAAACAUAUAGCACAUACUAAGCAAUCAGCCAACAAGGUAAGCAGAGACGAUAUCAUAUUAAUAAGCUACAAAAAACAUGGCAAACUCAAUACAUAAUAAUAGGCAAAAAAACAAAAGGAAAAGUAUCAUGUGGUUCUGUUUCGUUUGUAUUUAAUUGAAUACAUAAAAAGUAUUUGUUUGUUUCAGUUUAAAGGAACUAACCCACAGAUUUUAGGCGAAAAAUGAUUUCUCUCAAACAUUUAUAAAAAGUGAGUACUCUGAAGUGACCAGUGGUACAACCUUAUCGACAUAAGAUUUUUGCAAGGUAUUCUUACAAACUGGAGCAAUGAUAUCUUCUUCCCAGUUACAAAUGACCAAAAUUUAUUUUGCAGAAAGUAAUAAAUCGUUGCAAUGAUUUUGAAAAUAUGCAGAAAAUCUACAUUCUUCUUGCAUAUUUAUCAAUAACUUACUUUCAUUUACACCCACUUUAUCAUUUUUCAGUGUCAUAUACAGUAUACAUUCAGUGCCAUUUGCAAAAUAAUGUUGCAAUAUAAAAUAAUUUCUCUGAGGUGUGGACAGCAUUGCAGUAUGGUUAGACACAUGAAAAAGAAAACAGUUUAUUCUUUCAUAUACUAGCAGUUAAAACAGAUAAGUAUUUGAAGUUUCAAACACAGAUAUUAGAAUGAAUAUGGCAGCUUUCUUUCAUUACAAGCAGAGUUCAGAUUUAUUGAUGUGUAAGUUUGGGCAGCAAUGAGGAUGGCAAAGAGUGUAUGUUCAGUGCUGAGGGGGACUAACACCUUAACAUGGUCCAGAUUGAGGACAGAAAUAAAACAUUUUCAUAUCAGUAGAGUUUGCAUGGCAGAGACUCAGCAGAAUAAAUAUAAUCAGUGGACAGUGCCAUUUAAAUUAAAAGACCCAGAGUAUGAUUUGGACUAUAUACUGAAUCCAGCAAAUCAUGCUGCGAUCAGCGAAAACAUUGCUAACAGGAAAGGUGUAGGAAAUAUUGAUCUUGUGGUUGAUUUAUAUAGGAAAUUUGAAAACACAAGAGAUCCAGAUGAAAAAGAGACUGUUAAAAGACAAUUUCUCAAAGCAGUUGGAGAAAUGCCAAACACUUCCCAUCCACAGUCACCAGUAGGGGAGGAAGAUGCAGCUAUACUUGUAGAUCUUGUUGGGCAUAAAAGAGAAACAUCAGGAGAUCAGCCACAGUUGAAAACCAUGUUGGAACUUGGAGAACAUCUUGGCAUGUUGAGAACAAGCAAUGUGAGUUUGACAACAGGCCACACAACAUACUACUUUCUUGACCAACUGGCUAUGUUAGAGCAAGCUCUUGUUAAAUAUACAGUGGAUUAUUUGCUUCAAAAGGGGUUCCAGUUAGUGUCUGUACCCGAUCUGUUACAUCCAGAAAUCAUUGAGAGUUGUGGUUUCAAGACAACAGGAGAUGUUGCUCAAGUGUACAGACUAGAUACAGCUAGACAUCCUGAUCUGUGUUUGAUUGGAACUUCAGAAAUGUCUUUAGCAGGUUAUUUUACAGAUGAAGUUCAAAAGAUAAAAGACUUACCAAUUAAGUUUGCUGCAGUCAGUAGGUGCUACAGAGCAGAGACGUCCCAUAUGGAAGAUGAUCUGGGUCUGUACAGAGUACACCAAUUUACCAAAGUAGAAAUGUUUGGGGUAACAAGCAAUAGCAGUGGAGAAGAAGGCAAUGACCUGCUCAUGGAACUUAUAGACAUUGAGAAAACAUUGUUUAGUCAGUUAGGUUUACAUUUUAGGGUACUAGAAAUGCCAACAACAGAGUUAGGAGCUCCUGCUCAUAGAAAGUUUGAUAUUGAAGCUUGGAUGCCAGCCAAACAGUUCUGGGGUGAGAUAUCUAGUGCCUCUAACUGUACAGACUACCAGAGCAGAAGACUCAGUAUAAAAUAUAGCACAGAUAGUGGGGAUCUCAAUCAUUGUACCACAGUAAAUGGCACAGCAUGUGCAGUUCCCAGGACUCUCAUGGCAGUUUGUGAAACACAUCAAAAUCAGGAUGGCAGUAUAAAUAUUCCAUCAGUAUUACAGAAAUGUAUGGAUGGGUUACAAGUUAUAAUUAAAUCAGAUUGUGUUCCAAAGUUAUCCUGGAUCAAGUCAAAUAAGCUGAAGAAGUAGAUAGUUGGGAUUAUACCUUCCAGUUACAUUAUGGAUGUUACAAUCUGGACACAAAAAGUGGAUCAAUAAAGUUGAUUGUUCCUUCCUAUUGAAUUUCUGGAUGUUACACUCUAGACACAGGCUGAUGAAAAGGUGAAUACAUAAAUGAAUUUACACUGUGGAUCAUAUACUGUUGGUACAACAUGACGAACUUUUAAAUGGAGUUAAACUCUGGAUGUUACUCUCUUGGUACGACAGAAUGAACACAUAACUGAAGUUACACUCUAGAUGUUAUGCUGUUGGUGCAUCAAAAUAAACAGGUCAACUAAGCCAACAAAGUAUAGAGGUUUGAUUCUGUGCUUUCAAGAUUGUGCUAAUUACCCUGCAGGCUGAGUUUAGGCUAAACCUUCCAUGUUGUCAUGAGUGUUACAUUAUGGACACCAUAAACUGAAGUUGUUCAAACCUUAUAAACAGAAUUGGAAGCUUACAGAAAACACAUAGCUGUAAAGAAAAUAAAAGUAUUCAAAAAGUUUACACAUAAGUACUUCUGUUAGUUGCUUUGUGACAUUCAGUAACUUACUAUUGCUGCCUCUCUGUACUCUCGUGACUUGUAACCUCUAGCAGAAAAAUGAAAUUAAUCGAAAAUGUGAUGUAGACACAAGUUAUGCAAUUUGUUUUUAUAUAUACACAUGUACUGUUCUUUAUGGUAUGUAAAAAUCAUCUAUGUUCAUUAACACCUCACCCAUUCUGAAGUGCUGGUUGUUGAGAGGCUUUCUAGUACAGAUUGAAUUCCUGCCUGGCAUGGCAUGAAAAGAAAUGAUUCUGUAAGUAAAUGUUGUAUGUCUACAAAGUGAAGAAUUCAUAUAUCAAAAGUGCUAUUCUUUUCAGUAGGGAUGACAAUAUUAAAAUAAAAACUUGCCAUACCAAACUAAUUAUGGUUUGCUAUUUUAGUAGAAUGCACUCUUGGAUUAUGGCUCUUGAAUUACUAGAAAUCUGCAAAUUUAGCCUUGUCCACUCUCUAAGUCGAACAGUUUUCAUCCAAUCUUCACCAAACUUGCAGAUGAUGUUUGUGGGCAUAAUAUCUUGGACAAGUUCGAUAACCAGCCAAAUCGCCCCAGGCACUCUUAGAUUAUUGUCCUUGAAUUAGGCCAAGUUCAAUGACGGGCGUAUUUUGUGACAGUGGCAUUCUUGUUAACCAUAAUUUUAUGACAAUGAAAACACGGCAGAUUUUUUGUCUGCGUAAAGUUCCAAGCUGAAUCAUCUUGGGUAAAAAGAUAAGUCACUAGGUCCAGUCAUAAUUGAUUGUUGUUAAUGCCCAAAUAGUCUCGUUUUUACCUAAUUUACAUGAAACCUAAACAAAUCUUUGUCUUUCAGUUUUAAAACUUGAUCAUCUGGAGUAAAAAGAAAAAAAGACUGGGUGAAAUCCGGGGCCACAUGUUUACUAAAUCUGCUUGAAAAAACUAGCCAUAUUUUUUAGCUUACGGUCAUGAAAUUCAGAUGAGUCAAAUAAUAGGAAAAGAAUAUAAGCCCUUCAGAAAUAAAUUUUUGACUGGGUCUUCAUGCAUCUGGAAUCAUUUUAAGCAUAGAUGGAAAUGCAGGUAAAUUGAAGCGGUUUAAAGUAUGCUACAUUAUGUUAACAAACAAGUCUUCCAAACGUGUUCAUCCAAAUAUAUUGUACACCUUGGCCUCGUGGUUUAGGCAUCCACCUCGGGAAUGGAAGGUCAUAGAUUCAAGCCUCACUCAUUCUGAAGUUCUGGUUGAUGAGAGGCUUAGCCUGGCAUGGCAUGAAAGGAAACAAGUCUGUAGGUAAAAGUUACAUAUGUCAUACGAGAUAAAACUGAAAUUGUUUGAAAAACAUUUUGGAGAGGUUCGAGGGAUUAUAGCAAAACUGUUACUUUAUUUCUGUAUUCCAUCUAUAGAUGAUAACCAUAGGCAAUAUAGUGAAAAAAGAAAACAUUAGUGAAAUUAUUGCAUUUAUUCCCAAUAUGUUCAAUAUUUUGCAAUAUUUUGUGAACAUAAAAUUUGUCAAUAAUAAAUCUAUAUUAGACUUG